AUGCUGGGCCUGUACCUGCAGCUGGUCAGCGGCCUGUGCGCCGCAGGCAUGGGCCUGGCCGCCAAGCUGGCCGGAGGGCAGGGCCUCCCUGUCAUGGAGAUCGUCCUGGCCAGCUCGCUGUGCGUGGGCGCCUGCCCGCCUCGUGCCCUGCGCUUGCCUGCCUGCGGCCAGCCGCUGCGCCAGCUGCAAGCCCAGGCGGGAGCGGCCAUGGAGGGCGGCUACGACAGCGGCAGCAGCAGCGAGGGGCCGGCGCUGUGGGUGGUGCGCGGCGUGCUCGGCUUUGUGUCUGUGGCGUGCAUCCAGGAGGCCGUCAGCCUGCUGGCCGUGUCGGAUGCUGUGGCGCUGGCCAUGCUGUCGCCCCUGGUGGUGGCUGCCGCCGGCACGCUGUUGCUGCGGGAGCGCCCGCCGCAGAUGCUGCUGGUGGCGCUCCCCAUGGCCACGUCGGGGGCGCUGCUGCUGGUCAGGCCCGCGUUCUUCCAAACCUUCAUGGGUGACGGCGCGGCACACGGCGCCGACUCUGGCGCCGACGGCGGCACGGCGGGACUGGCGCCCGCCGCGGCCGGCGUGGCGUUUGGCCUGGCCCACGUGCUUUCCUCUGCGGGCGCCAAGCUGAGCGUGCGCCAGCUGGCGGCCGGCUCCUCUUCCCACCAGGCCGCCAGUGCCAUCGUGCUGUCGGCGGGCCUGGUGUCGGCGCUGGGGUCGGCGGCGGCGUGCAUGCUGCAACAGGCGCGCCUCGUGUGGCCCCAGCACGCCGCCGGCUGGGCUCUGCUAGCGGGCAUGGGAGCUGCGAGCUUCGGCCACCAGGCGGCCAUGACAGCGGCCAUGCAGCGCACGCCGGCCACCAGGGCCGCCCCGCUGUCCUACCUCUCAGGGGUCUGGAGCCUGGCUGCUGACUUUUACCUGUUUGGCCACACCCCCAGGGCCAGCUCCAUCGUGGGUGGCGCCGCCAUCUGCCUGGGCGGCCUGCUGGUCACCUGCGAGCGGGCACAGGCGGCAGCCGGCUCCUCCAGCGCCUCGCGAGCCGCCGGCAGCCCGCGGGCAGCCGCCGCGCGGCAGGUGCCGCUGCUCGUGGACGCCAACACGGGCGGCGCGGUGCUGCUGCCGCUGGUCAAGCCCGCCGCCGAGCGCCAGCGCUCGGGCCCCAUCCCGCCCGGCCUGCUGCGGGACGCCAUUGCCAACGCAUGGCAGCAGAGCCGUGCGGGGCAGCAGCUGGGCGCGGGCCCGCUGCUGCCGGUGGUGAAGCCGGCCCCGCUGGCGACGAUGCACAUCAAGGAUGAAAAUCUGAUUGCGGCUAGGGGGACGGCAAACACGGGGGCGCGGCACUUCGAGGCCGCGGGUGGUGUGGCGCGCUGCACGGGAGUGAUCGCGAGUUGUGCAGAGUACAGGGAGCGGGCCCCACAGGCGAGCCAAGGAGGCAGGCAGGCGAUGCGGCUGCCAUGCGCGGGGCGGGCGGAGGCGGGCCUGUACCUGCAGCUGGUCAGCGGCCUGUGCGCCGCAGGCAUGGGCCUGGCCGCCAAGCUGGCCGGAGGGCAGGGCCUCCCUGUCAUGGAGAUCGUCCUGGCCAGGUCCAUAGUGGUCCUGCUGCUGUCGGGCAGCUUGCUGCUGUGGCAGGGCAGGCGCGCGGCGGGGCAGGCGGCAGAGUGGCCCUGGCGCAGCUCGCGCACCAGCGGCGACAGCAGCGCCUGCGGCAGGAGGUGGCUGCUGCUGGUGCGGGGGCUGGUGGGGUUUGGCGCCAUCACCUGCUACUACUCCGCGGUGCAGCUGCUGCCGCUGGCGGACGCCGCCGUCUUCGCCUUCCUGGCCCCGCUGUUCGUGGCGCUGCUGUCGCCGCUGGUGCUGGGCGAGAGCAGCGGCGGGGUGGUGAUGGCGGCGGCGGCGCCGCUGUGCGCGGCGGGCGUGCUGCUCGUGGCGCAGCCCACCUUCCUGUUUGGCGGCGGCUCCCGGGCGCUCAGCAUGGCAGGG